CUUCCGAUUUUCCUUGUAUCUGCCUCCCACUUUCCUUCCCUCACCCUCCAAAUUGAACCCAAACUAAAAUACUACAAAUAAAACCUCUCUCUCUCUCUCCCCCUAUCCCUGUCUCUCUCUUGAAAAUUCCGUACUAAUUCGGAUAAGAUCAAAUGGGUACCCUAUCACUGCCUGAAAAGAUAUGCGCCAAUCGGAAGAGGGCGCUGGAGGAGCUGAUUAAGGGCCGAGACACGGCGGCCCAGCUGCAGAUUCUCUUCGGAAAGUCCGUCGGAGAUCGUGGGCCUGUCUCGGCUGAAGGGCUCGUGGUGGAAAUCUCGAGGUCUUUCAGUGAUAGUAUAUCUGUACUGAUGAGCAGUUGUGAUCAGGACUGUGAAGCGUGUAAGGUUCCGGCGGCUACCCAAGUGGGAUCACCGAGCUGCGGUGACGGGAGAUCUGUGGAUUCCGGCGAGAGUAGCAAGAGGCCGGCUGCCAAGGAAAAGAGGGGCUGUUACAAAAGAAGAAAGAGUACUUCAGAAUCCUGUGUGAAAGUCUCAACCACAAGCGAAGACGACCAUGCAUGGAGGAAGUAUGGACAAAAGGAGAUCCUGAAUGCCCAAUUUCCAAGGUGCUACUUUAGGUGCACACACAAGCAUGACCAAGGUUGUCUUGCAACAAAGCAAGUCCAAAGAAUCCAAGAUGCCCCCCACAUGUACCAAACCACUUACUUUGGUCACCAUACAUGCAGACCUUAUCCACUCAAUAAUCACCCUGAUGAUCUUCAAAACCCAUCAUCUGAUUCUGAUCCAGUGGACUCUUACCUUCUUAGCUUUGGGUCAAAAACAAUUACAACUGAUGAAAAAGAACAUCAACAUCAGUAUCCCUCAUGCCGGCCGUCUUCGGUAAAGAAGGAGUACUGUGGGGAGGAGACUGUACAGAGUAAUAAUCUCUCCGGCGAUUUGCCCGCAGUGGAGCCUAUCGUUUGGCCGGAGCUGAUGCCUUUGGAGUCAUCUAGCGUUUAUUCAUCGGCAUCAACUAGCUCUCACGGUUAUGACAUGGAUUUGUUGCUCGAGUCCGGUGAUUUUGGGAGUGGUUUCCACUUUGACGAGGCUAGCUUCCUCUAACUAGCUAAGGUUUUGAUCUAGGCCACAUGAUCCUCAACAAGACUUUGAUGUGCUCCCACCUCUCAAUCUUCUCUCUACGCUUCCCCUUUCAAUUGUUGCUACUUGUAAAUUAUGAUAGUCUUAAGUUACUUUCGAGGAGGUGUUUUCGUUUCUGAUAUCGUUCGUGCUUACGCACGCGCAUUAUGCGACUUAGGUUGUGAUAAAUCAACGAAAUUCUCCGGUACCCAUCUAAUCUUGUAGUUAUGGUGUGAGACUCGGUUCCUCUAGCUAGUUAGGGUUGUGAUCGCUUGUACCCAUCUAAUGUCCCACUCAUGUUAUCCCUGUAGAUUCUUCAAUGGAGUGAUCAAUUGUUUAUACAAAUGCUAUUUUUGAUUCUAGAA